AAAAAAGAUUUAAAAAAAUAACCUUAUUAAGCUUUGUUUGGUAUUUAAGAUAUAUGUUAUCUGAUACGCAUCCCUUUAUAUCCAUUUUAACUAAGACACAGCAACGAAUAGAUGGAAACUGGAAAGAAGUAAAAAAAAAAAAAAAAAAAAAAAAAGAAUGUUUAAAGUUGAGCAACUUGGAAUAUUGAGGUUCAGUGGGAACCCAAAUGUCAUCCGGUACCAAUCUGGCAUUGAUGCACAUUGAACAAAUUUGUUUUUUCCAAUUUAUGGGAAUCAUCAACAAGUUACGAUAAAAAUAAUAGUGCGAGUGAUUCCCUCCAAAAGGAGAAAACAACAAAGAUCACUAGUUUUAUUAUGUGAAUGCAGAUGCAGGGUCGCCAGGCCAGCUGGUGUUUGCUUUGUGUGGGUUUCUUUAAAUAAUCAUCUACCACUGUACAAAUAGUUUACGAUCAAUAUCCGCUGCAGGCAGCAUUGGGAUAGAUAGCAAGCCGGAUAGAAUGGAUUUCUUCUUCUUCUUCUUCUUCUUCUUCUUCCUCGUGAAUUGCUUACUCGGCCUCAUCUCCUUCACCUUCCUCCGCUUCCUGGCAAGGAAAGCAACCAACAACCAAACUCCGGCGGCCAAACUCCCGCCUGGACCCGCCCGGCUGCCAAUCAUCGGCAACAUCCACAACCUGGGCUUCAACCCUCACAAAUCACUGGCCGACCUAGCCAAGGUCCAUGGGCCCUUGAUGAGCCUCAAGCUGGGCCAAGUCACCACCAUCGUGGCCUCUUCCCCAGCUGUAGCCAAGGAGAUCCUCUUAAAGCACGACAAGCUCCUCUCCAACCGCCACGUCCCCCUCGCCCUGCAAACCCUCGACUUCCACAAAUUCUCCAUCAGCAUGCUCCCAGUGGAACCAAGGUGGAGGAACCUCAGGAGAGUGUGCAACUCGUACAUCUUCACCCCCCAGAAGCUGGAUUCCAACCAGGGCCUCCGGAGGGACAAGAUUGUGGAGCUCGUGGAAGCUGUUCGACGAAAUGCCUGCUGCGAGGAGGACAAGGUGGCCGUGGAUGUGGGGAAAGUGGCGUUCAGGGCCACUUUGAAUGCGCUGUCGGCGACCAUUCUCACGAUGGAUCUGGCGGAUGAGGAGACGUCGGAGGCCGCCGGGCAGUUCAAGGAGCUUGCGAGCGGGAUGACGCAUGAGGCUGGGACGCCCAACUUGGGGGACUUUUUCCCGUUUUUGGCCAGGUUUGAUGUGCAGGGGAUACAGAGGAGGAUUAGGGUUCAUAUGGAGAAGGCUUUGAAUCUUUUUGAAUGGUUAAUCGACCAACGGUUGAGGGAGCGGAAGUUGGAGAGCUAUGUCUCCGCUAACGACACGCUCGACACGCUUCUAGCCAUCAAUGACGAUGCCGAAAAUCGCCAAUUUCACAUGGAUCUACAACGCAUCAAGUACUUGUUCUUGGAUCUAUUUGUUGCUGGGACUGAUACAACUGCAACCACUCUGGAAUGGGCAAUGACAGAGCUCCUCCGCAAUCCCAACGCUCUUACUAAACUCAAGGAAGAACUUGACCAAGCGAUUGGAAAAGACAAUCAUUUUGAGGAAUCAGACAUUCCUCGAUUGCCAUAUUUGCAAGCAGUAAUAAAAGAGAUCUUCAGGUUGCACCCACCUCUUCCCCUGCUACUUCCCCAUAAAGCAGGGGCAGAUGUGGAAAUCGGUGGUUUCACCGUGCCCAAAGGUGCGCAGAUUCUAGUAAAUCUAUGGGCAAUAGGCCGAGAUCCGAUGAUAUGGGACGACCCAAACUCGUUCACACCAGAAAGAUUCUUGGGAUCGGAGGUUGAUGCUAGGGGGAACCACUUUGAAUUGAUCACAUUUGGUGCAGGGAGAAGGAUAUGCCCUGGAAUGUCAUUAGCGCAUAGGAUGUUACAUAUGAUGUUAGGUUCAUUAGUUCAUUGGUUCGACUGGAAGCUACCGAGUGGAGUCGAACCAGGACAACUAGAUAUGAAAGAGGAGUUUGGAGUGACUCUGCAAAAAGCCAAACCUUUGCUUGCUGUUCCGACUCUGAGAUGAGACCAUCAAUGAUCAUAGUGUAUGAAAAGAGAGUUGGCUGAUCAUCUGAGAUGAGAAAAAUUGGUGAUGCAGGUCAUUAGCAUCAAUCUCAUUUCAUUUAGGGUCUUCCAUUUCUUUCCUUUCUUUUUCUUUUCGCAGUAUAGCUAUUAGGUACCAAUUAUGUCACUGUUUUUUUCCCAAUCCGACUUUCCCCCCAUUCUUCUUCUUCUAAAUAAAACUUUAUUGUCUAGAUAAAAUUACAGAAACCAUAAGAACAAUACAAUCCAAGCCAAACCUAAUUCGAAAGCCAGUAAGCCACCUUACUAAUCAGCAACAAGGCUGAGAAAAAACUCAAACUGACAUAUAAAGUUGCAGCUAACCUUGAACCUGGAGGUUCCUGGUUUGAAUCCCUUCAGUAGUGACUGAGACAGCUCCCCUAAUUUUGAAUCUUUACCUUCUGUAGCAAAAAGUACUGCUCAAUUUCUUGCACUGAGUGGAGCAACCAAGGAAUCAUGCCACAUCACCAAUCUCCAGCAUUACUUUGUAAGCAAAGUAUCAUUGAACGACCCGAGUCUUGGAAAACCAAGCUGCCUAAUUCCACGUUUGUAAAUCCAUUUACACCUUAUAGCUUGGAAUUCCCAAUUAAGUUUCACUAUCAGACAAUGCCCCUGAUUUUUCUUUCCUGCGCGUAAAGCUUUGUUGUCCCAUGUUUUGUUAUGAGACUGUCCUUAAUAAAAAUGCUCAUCGUUA